AUGUCGGACAUCUUCUCCUCUACUACUCCUUCUAUUGUUGCUGGUGAGACCUCUGCGCCCAAGGUAGUCUUGGGGACUACUAUUAAAUUGAAUGGUGCAAACUAUCUGCUCUGGGCACAAGCUUUCCGCAUCUUCAUUGGCGCUCAGAGCAAACUACCACAUCUUCUUGCAUCUCCACCACCAACCUCAGAUCCCACCUACAAUUCAUGGCUCUCAUCUAAUUAUUGUGUUAUGACUUGGCUUCUCAACAGUAUGGAAGUACAGAUCAGUAGCAGCGUUAUGUUUUUAACCACUGCGAAGGAGAUGUGGGACAGCCUAAAGAUUAUGUACGGGAACGAGAAGAAUGGAGAUAAGUCAGUUCCGGAAUUCUUUGGUGAAUUGAAGGGACUGAUAGACGAACUAGAGAUGCAUCAGCCUGCAGUAGCUGAUGCAGCGACGCUAUUAGGGUAUCGUCGUGAUCUGGCAGUAUCCAAAUUUCUUUCUGGGUUGAACCCUAAUUUACAGUCCCAGGUGAGAGGACAGAUAUUGGGUGGAGAUACAAUUCCCUCACUGACUGCUACAUUCUCCAGAGUCAUGCAGGUCUCUACUGGUAUUACUUCUGAUACUACUACACCAUCUCCACCUACGAUGGAUCAGUCUGCCAUGUUCUCUAAUCGAGGCAAAGGCCGCGGUCGUGGUCGUGGUCGUGGCCGUGAUUCAGGGGGAGGACGUGGUUCCUUUGGUGGGAGGCAAGGUGAAUCUGAUAAGGGCUCACGACAGUGUGGUCAUUGUGGGAGAACCAAUCAUAUUUCUGAGAAGUGCUGGGAGAAGUUUGGUCGUCCUCAGUGGGCCCAGGUAGCUGAUACAGAGUCGACUAACUCAUCUAUUUUUGCUACUACUUCUGGUGGUCCAGCUGUUACUGCUCCUACUGUUCAGAUUUCUCAAGCAGAUUAUGAGAGGUUGCGCCAGCUAGAACUCUCUCAGAAUAUUCAUUCUGCUACUCAUGCAUCCUCUUCAGGUAUGGAUGCUUACAUAGCUUCUUCUCACAAACCCUGGGUACUAGAUUCUGGAGCCUCAUCUCAUAUGACAGGUAUAAAGGAUCACUUUAUAUCUUUACAUCUUUCUGAUAAGUUUCCUUCUAUCCGCAUUGCUGAUGGUACUCUUUCUCCAGCUCGUGGUGAUGGAGUAGUUCAUGCUACUUCCUCUUUAAAACUAACUGAUGUGUUAUAUGUUCCCAAAUUUCCUGACCUAGCAACUGGAUGA